GUCCCCGAUCCAAAAAAGGAAGGUGUCAGUGAAGUGAUGUCAUCAGAACCUGAACAUGAGUUAAUGAUUGAUACUACUUCACCUCCAGACGAGAUCACAAAACGCGCUGUAGAGUGGAUAAAGUAUGUUCAUGGUAAAAAACGAGUCACUGAAAAAUCUGUUGGUAGUAUUGAACUGUGGGAUUUUGCUGGACAACAGCUGUACUAUGCAUCUCAUCCUGUAUUUUUAACAUCACGUGCAAUAUAUAUCUUGGUGUGCAACCUCAGCAAAUCAUUGCAUGACACUGCCCAACCCUGUGUGAGACAAGGAAAUCAUAAUUUCACAUUGGACAACCCAAAUGGGGAAACAAAUUUGGAGAAUCUGCUAUCUUGGCUGUCCACAGUGCAUAGCAUCACACAGAUGAGAGGACAAACUCAUGACGAUGCAGAAGGAAAGCUGCCUCAUUUGCGUCCCCCUGUGAUCAUUGUAGGCACCCAUGCUGACAAACCGUUUGAAGACAUUGCAACGAUGAAGUCAAAAAUACAGAAGGCAAUUGCUGGUAAGGACUAUGAAGGACAUGUAGUGCGGCCUAUCUUCAGCAUUGACAACUCUGCAAAAUUAAUUCAAAGAAGGUUGGAAAAGGUUUUCAGAAAAGAUAAAAACAUUGAUGACAUCCAAGAGCUGAGAGACAAAAUCAUGGAAGUGUUAAGACAGGAGCCAUACAUGAAGGAAAGGAUACCUGUGAGGUAAAUAAAGUGAAUAUUAAAAAUAAUAGAACACAGAUGUCUUUUGACGAGAAUUUCCAUGUUAAUUAAGGGUUGAGGUUUGGCAGCAUUAAAACUACAGUGGACUUAUGUACAUACACUGUGGGCCUUUGUCCAGUCCAUAUAGCAUUUUGCUUGCAUAUCCAAAGAGGUUCAUGUUUUACCAGUAAAUAGUUGGCUACAUGGGGAUGCAAAAUCCUCGUAUAAGAUAGCUAAAGGCUGCCGGCACAUCGUAAGUCAGUCACUUAGGUGGAAGGGCAGUCUAAAGACUUUGUCAGUAAUAGGAAAAAAUAAACACGUGAACACUGAAACAAGCGAACGCAGAAAUAUUACAUACGUCACUCAAAAACGUCUUUCUUUAAGCUUUCUAAUAUGUGAUGCAGGCCCUCUCUUUCAACAUGUAAUUUAUUCCAAUGCAUUAGUUUACCUAAGAACAAAGGCAAAUGAAAUUUAAACAAAGGAUAAAUAUGAACCACACAGUCACCCUAUAUAACAACGUUGCUUUACCUUGAAGGAAAUCGACAAAGGAAGGGUUUGAUGGUAGGCGGCUUUCCAGAACAUUUAAUAUGAUCUAUUUAAAAGAAUCGUCAUUCUGAAUAAUAAUUUGGGUAAUAAGCAGCCAUGGGCGCUCAUCAUUUAUAAUAAUCAUAAUAAUAAUUUAUUAUUUGUAAGCCGAAAUAUACCAUUUAAAUAUGAUCUUUCGGGGGUCGUUACUAUAACGGAGCCAAAAGCGUGAUAUAAAAAACUGGUAGAGACAACAGUUUAUUUCCAAACGAAAGGGCGAAAAGUCGCUAAAAAAUAUAAAUUGUCAAGUUUCUCCCCGCUGUUAUGUGGGUGGCUUCUUCUUGUGUAAACUGUGUUGUCAGUGAUUUUUAAACUCUUAACCUUUUUUCAAGAUGUAAUGGAAAAAAAGGAAUCACCUUUUGUCAUCCUUGAGGCCAUACAUCCCCCCAUACUUUCAGGCUCACUUCUACUUUGACCAUUUGUACGGCAUGUAAUGUGUAUUUUAUUUUAUAGCAAUGGUUAGUGCUCGAUCUUAUCGUUUUAUUUUAUAGCAUCUUCUUUGCCACCGUUUGUCUCUUUUUUCAUAUUAAUCACAAUUGUUUGCGGUGAAUAAUCGUUGAAAGGUUGGGAAAUGCAUUUGCAUUUGACUGUUAGUAAUGAUCUUCCUUGACACAUGAACAAACAGUUCUCUGUUUUUUUCGGGGGGAGGCUGGGGUAAAGUGGGCUUGCUGUUUUUGGGAUUCCUUAGCAUUAAUUUUUUUUAGCGGUACCUUCGGGACUUGAAAGUGGCCACAUUUUGUGACGUUACAUUCGGGGUCCGUUACUUCCGGAAUUUUACUUUAGGUGGCCACAAUAAAUUACGUGAGCCCAGGGGGGGCUGGCAACGGCCUUUGAUCUUGCCGCUUUUCGGCUUUCCAUGAUCGCCCCAGUUAAGAAAUCUGUCAAUCAUUCGAGAACUGUAGCGAGCAUGCGCGAAACGGGCUGGGAACAACAACAACAUCAAGAAGUUCGUCUCAAUGUAAAGUGAAUUCGUUUUUGGUCCUGUUGGUCAUUGCUUUCUUUGCUGUAACCGAUUUUUUCCGAAGUAAUGUGGAGCUUACGUUUUCCUUUCUUUUGGUCUUGCGUUUAUCAUUACAUGCGAUUUACUACGCUAAGAAUGAGACCAGUGAACAGUCAUUGUACAUGUUCCUCGAUGCCCGACCUUUUGGCUCACUACAGGCUUUCAAGCUGUGUUUCUGUUUAGAAGACCCACAAGACUAGAAGAAGGGCCAACCCUCCAAUACGUAUGUAGAAGAGUUUGUAUUUCAAGUAAAAGGCCGAAAAUUAAUCCUUCGUGAUAUUAAAAAAAGCGCGGUGGCCGUGGUCAAGUAGAAGAGUUGUCAGGGUUGUUUACGGUUUCAUUACACCUGUAAGACGAAAAGAAAUUAUGAUUGAGAUUCUUAAUUCUUCAUCCUUGAUUGUGAACUUAUCCUGGCAGAGUUGCCUUGGAUGAUUGAGUGGAAGAUGGUCAAAUCUCGUAGUUCAUGUAUUUUGUUAUGUACAAGAAGCUAAAUAAAUUUUGCCAAGAGAUCAUUGAUUUCACUCUUGAUAUGCUUUUAAGAGUUCUUAACUUCGUGUGACUUAAUGUAAACUUUACCGUAGUUUCCAAGAACUGAAUAUAGGCAAAUGAAAGGGUAAUUAUUUUGUGUGUUUGGAAUUCUCUUUUCAUGACAGCGGUUACUACACUGCCUUCACUUUGAGCCCUCAUUCAAUUGUGUUUUGUUUUGUUGCAAACAAAGGGGGAAAAAUUGUAAAUAUUUUAUUCCAAAAACUACACUACCCACUGGAACAAGAGUAUGGUUUAAAAAAGAUUAGCUAAGGUCAGAAAAUAAAUGUUCAAGUUUGCAUGUUUUGACAAGGACUACAUCUGGCUAAAUAUGCUUCAAAGGGAAUUUAUAAAAUUAAAAAAAUGAUGACAUUUGUAUUUUUGCCUUUCCUUUGGCCACUGUGAUCAGUUUUUGCAAUAUAAAUAUUGCAUGUAAUGUUUUACACCUAUGAACAUCAACCUGCCUGGUUAGUUUGUGUCUGUGUAAAAAUGUAGUUUACUGUUAAUGAAAUCAAAGUAAACCCUCUCAACUUAAAAAUUGCCUUGUACUAGUGGAUAUUGAAAACACCAUAGGAUGCCUUGGAAAAAAAAUGUAAAAUGAUUAUUAAGAUAGUAUUAUUUGCAGUCAACAAUAACAGUUAGAAACUUGUGUUGAGGCUGGCAAAAAUAUUUUUCAGAGACCAUAAACCUUCACUGACUUUGUUGUUACAACAAGUGGUAAAAGGGUAUUAAAAUGUGAGAUCACGUCCCUGGGCUUACACUGAAAGAGAGUAUGGGUAGUAGGACACAUUGUGCAUUUCCCUACCCUUUUUAAGCCAAGAGACCUUAUUUAUAAUCCUGAUUCAUUUCCUUUAGCAUACGGAAUUAAGGUAGCUUUUAAACUUAGAAACAUGGCAAAACUUGGGAGGAGGGGGGGAAAUGGUGGUACCAAUAGACUGUACUCUAUAGACCGCUUCUUCUUCAACAUUCACAACCCAAACAGACACCUUGUUCAAAACUCUAAAGGGUGAAAUGGUCACCACCCUAAAUCAGCAGCACAUACCCAUCUAGGCCAAAUAAGCCAAGGGUAGUAUCAUAGAAAGAACUGCUGAGAGGAUGGGGUUCAAGCCCGACAAUAACUUCUUUUGAUGGUUGAUAAAAAAAAUCAAUUUUACCUUGUAUAAUUUAGUUAUAAAUCAGAUUCAUAACUUACACAAACAAUAAACUUAAGUUGUGUAUUUUUCAAGUCUCUUCUGAUUCUCUUUAUAAACUUUGCAAAACAUUCAGUUUUCUUUUUUCUGUUUCCUGUACUUCAGUCCUUUGAGGGAUUUUCUCAACGCAUACUCUUUCCUGAUGUACUCACUCUUAUUAACAACUGAAUUAGCCUCUUGUUCUUACACUAAACCACUAUAAUCAUUUCAAGUAUAAUUCAUAACUAAAGGGUAGUUUUUGUACCAACAAUUUCAAGAAAAUACUUGAAACCGAAGUCACUAUCUAAUACAAAACCACUAAAUACGGUUUUACUGUUGGAAAUUUAUUGAUUAUCACUCCAAUGACAUUCCUGUGAAGGUUUUGAAGGUUCAGUAAACCCCUCCCAGCCUUCUGAUAUUAAAAAUAGCUUAUACUGACAGACCCAGUAUAUGUGAAGCAAAGUGAUUGGAACAUUUACCCUGGUUUUUACUAAAUUGGCCCUGUAUUCUGUAUUUACUCCCAUAAAUACUUGUUGUACCUCCCGGUGUACACAAACAAACUUACGAACAGCGUAGCAGAAAAUCAAUGGUUUAAUGAAAAUUCACAUAUGACUGUUGCAAGACUCAUACCAAUACAUUGUGCUCGUAGCAUGUAUUUAAGAUAAGGAAGAGAGUCUUACAACCACUGUAAGGGGAAAAAUAUAAGAAAUAGAGCAAGAUGGUCGCUCGAAAAUUCACGAAGCUUAAAAAUAACUGAACUUGCCGAGAUCCCGAAUCACGCAGGGGCGGAUCUAGGGGGAGGGUGCAGGGGGUGCGCACCCCCCUCCCCCCCCUGAGAUGACCUGCGAUUUUCUAAUACAACUGGUAUUCCGCAAAAAAAAAAACUAUGUGGUUUAUUGGUAUUGAAGUAGAGCAAUAGACGAGUGCACCCCCUCCUAAAAAAAAUCCUGGAUCCGCCCCUGUCACGAUAAGUGAAGUCACCCAUAAACUGUUCAUACAUCACGCCUCCUGAUAUCCAAAAAGUCCAUUAAAAAAGUUCAUAGAAACCUUUUCUUGAUAUUUGUACGCGGGAAAACUUAAAACUGAGCAAAAACUCCUCGUCCUUCCAUGUCCGCAUUCUCUGCCAUAUUUGUUUUCAAGGAAAAUUUGUACUCAGUCUCACUCGGCCAAAUUUCUUAACUGGGGCGAUCAUGUAAACUCGGUUCCAGACCUCGCUGCCAGCCCCCCCUGCGUGAGCCCUAAUACUUAAAUGGUUACCACUUAAAACGUCAGGACUGGUAGAAUUUAUUUUUGAACCUCUACACAACGGCCACCUUGGGGACAGAAGAUAGUGGCCAUUGAAGAGAGGUUUAAACAAGACUCAAUGUAUGGACUGCCGCCACAAGUAGUGGCCAUUGUAGAGAGGUGGCUGUUAGUAGAGGUUCGACUGUAGUUAGCUUCUGUGGUUAUGUUAUUACCUACCUGUUUUAGAUUGCGUGCAAACUUCUGCACAUGAAUCGCUUCAAGCCACAAAAACUGCCCGAUGACACGAAUACUGUCAUUCAUCUUUUUAUAAUCUAGGUGGUUGACCUUUGAGAAGGUCCUCAAUGCUUUGCUGUCCAAGAGAGUUUACCAUUUGCACUUGAGGAAACUUCAAACCUAUGUAAGGGACAACUGCUUUAUAAACGACGAGGAAGAGUUCACUACCAUGGUGGAUUUCUACCAUGACCUGGGGAUAAUUAUCAAGCAUUGCAGCACAGUCAUUGUGAGCGCUGAGUGGUUAAUAGACCUAUUCAAGCAGCUAAUAACCAUUCCACCAUUUGAUGAAACGGUGAGGUCCGAAAUACGUUCGUUAAGUAUUUUCAAACUAUUGCAGCAGCUUUCUCCUCUAGCUCUUUUUAUUUAUUUAUUUAUUUGACAGACAACAGCGAAAAAUUAAUACAACAACAAACAUGUAAGAUAAGUAGCAAAAGAGACGUGGCGAGGAGACCUAAGAGAAACUAUAAAAAGCCUCCUCGAAUUACGGGCUUUUUGAUAAUUUCGUUGUCAAAUGAACUAAAAAACUUUGGAUCUUGAAAAAAGGAAUUUCUUAGUGUUUGUUCGACAAUAGGGUAGACGGUACGAUUGACCUGCACCCAUCCAAACCUCUUAUUUCAUUGGUCCCUAUAACCUGCACUAGCUAUUGUUUUCAGGGAUAGGGGCAUUGUUUUGUCACCAUCCCUAUUGUUUUCCCAGCCAAUCACAAACCUUGUUUGGAAUAGGUGCAGGUCGGCCUAAGAAUUUCUAGUAUUGUUACGAGACUGGUAUUGAUAUUGUUUAGGAAACGUUGGUAUGUAACAUGAAUACAUUGGUAUCGUCGGCAAACUAGAUAUAAAAUUUAAUAAGCUAGAAGCACUGUUAAGACACAACAAAAAACGUUUUAACGAACGAUGGCCAUUUAAUUCAAUAUAUUGCAUUCUACUUGCAAAACAACUUCUUAUUCAGUCCAGUGCUAAACCACGAAUACCGCAGAUGUUCGAGUUUAUCAAAAAUAAUGGCAUGAUCUACGGCGUCAACUGCUUUUGAGAGGUCAAGAAAAAUACAGACAUCACCUGAAAAACCUUUUAAUCUCUCUACAUUUUAUUACUCAGGAACCCAAGGUUUCCAAACUCUGGCAGGAAGUUAAAGAAAGUGGAGUCCUCAGCAUGGAACUGCUUCAUCAUGUGUUUUCUAAGUUUCUUCUGAAGGGCGCUGCAAAGGAUGACAUUCUUGACCUGAUGGAACAAUUUGGUUUGGUUGCAAAGUUUUCACCUUCUAAAACUGAUGUAAAGUAUUUUGUGCCAUGCCAGCUCAAAAUGCCACCUGAUUCCAUUUGUGCCAUGGUACCCUCAAGCUCAGAUCCUUGUCCUCUUUAUGUUUACUUUGUUACUGGUUCUGUUCCUCAUGGCCUGUUCACACGGCUUGUUUCUCGACUGGUCAGGUGGUGUUCUGAGGCUGGUCCAGCUCAGCCCCCUACCCUAUAUCAAAAUGGAGCAUGGUUCGUCAUUGGGAGGAAAAUUAUCCAUGAUUUAGUUCUUAUUUGUAAGAAGCAGUUCAUAAAGUUUUUCGUCAAGCAAAAAUCCCAGCGUCAGAAGAUUUCAGUGGAGGACACAAGUGAGGCAGCGGUGCAGGUGCGAGAGUUUGUGGAGGCAACUUUACAAAUCUUGUCACGUGAUCUUCUGUAUUUGCGUGGCGUGCAGUACGAGAUUCGGGUGGCCUGCCCAUACUGUCAGCUGGAAAGGUGCUCGGGCCAUAAUCAGGUGGGUUGUACUCAUGACGACUGUCUUCACCUCCUGGGGUUACGACAAGGUGACCCACUGAUUUGCAAAACGAAACCUUCAGAGGAAAUACUCACAGUUAGGGGACAAGAAAAAUGGUUCUCACAGAUAACAAGUGAGGUAGGUAGUAAUAAAAUUCAGUCUCUGGCAAUGCUUUUAGAUUAGCGCUUUAUGUAUGUAAACUAAAAAGAAUCAUGCUACAUGGGAAGUUAGAUACUCUAAAGUAUUAUGUUAUUAAAUGACUAGUUGUCUAUCGAUACUUAAAAAACUGCAACAUGAACUCUCUGUAAGCGUAUAUACGUUAUUAGAUUGCAGAAUAAUGCAUAGUGAGCCAUAGUGUAUGCCUUAAUGUGGCCUAUCACAUAUCUCUCUGUAGAAAAAAGAGGACAGUGGAAAUGAUUAGAAGAAAUAAAGUAAAUUUUUGUGAGUUGGUAAGGUCAAUUUGUAACAUAUGAGGACUCAAAUGCUAAUACUUGAGGCUCUUAACUCUUAGCUGUGAAGAAGGGUGAGUCUUGAGACUUCAGCUUUUGAAUCUUGCUACAGACGUCGAUUGACCUUAUCAACUCUGUUCAAUAAAUGUGUGUAUCGUACGGUGCCUGCAGUAUUCUUAAUCUUGUGCAUGCGUUGCUUUGCGUUCAAAACCUUGCAUCAUCAUUGCCAUAUGGAACAAAAGGUAAGGGUUCUGGCCUGCUGGCACAAGAGUUGGUUUUUAUGACCUCAUUUUAAGUCUAGACCGGGUUUUUCCUCACAAGGUUUUGCUUAGAAGUUAAUUUUUUGUGAUCAGGUUGUACAAACGUUUGUUCAAAAGGUUAAUGUUUGGCGCCCCGAUGGAAUUGUUAUUCUUAAAAGGCGUUUUUUCCCCGUACAGGAAGUGUAUACUCCAUCACUUGAUACUGCACAAAGUCAUCCAGGGCGUUCAAUCUUGAAAGUUGCUCUUCUGGCCAAUGAAUGGGGGUCAUCCAAGGGUGGCUUGUCAACAAUAAACAGAACACUUGCCAUACAUUUGGCAAAACACGCACACGUCGAAGUCACCAUUCUUGUACCUGAAUUUGAGUGUGACGAAGAAGACAAGAGAACUGCCAGAAGUUACAACAUUGCCAUUAAGGAAGUACAGCGUCGCCCUGCCGUCAGUGAUCCUCUUGACUGGUUGAGCUUUCCACCAAAAGACCUUGACAUUCAAGUUGUGAUUGGUCAUGGUGCAAAGGUCGGUAGACAAGCGCAAUUUAUCCGAGAGUCUCAUUGUUGCAAGUGGAUGCAGGUUGUGCACACUGAACCUGAAGAGCUUGCAAUGCAUAAGAACUAUGCUAACGCCAUUGCCAAAGGGGAAGGAAAGAACAGAGCUGAAGUUGAGUUGUGCCAAAUUGCAGAUCUCGUUGUGGCAGUUGGACCCAAGCUGAAGGAAGCGUUCUCGUCCAAACUGCGUUCAUCUCAUCGAGAUGUCUUUCAAUUAAUACCAGGUUCCUUUGCAGAGUUUUCAGAUACUAAACCUGCUACACAAGAUAGUGUGAAUUUCAAAGUGUUAACCUUUGGCCGUGGGGAUUAUGAGGACUUCAGUCUCAAAGGAUAUGACAUUGCUGCUAAAGCCAUUGUUGAGCUUCAGGAUAGUUCUUACCGUCUGCUGUUUGUUGGUGCUCCUAAUGGAAAGCAGGAUGAAGUCGCAGAAAUCUUACUUCAGACUGGCAUUUCAAAAAACCAGCUAACUGUCAGAUCAUUUGUACAAAGCAAGGAAAGAUUGAAAGAGUUGUUUUGCGAAGUCGAUGUGGCCAUCAUGCCUUCAAGAACUGAAGGAUUUGGGUUAACAGCACUGGAAGCGAUGUCAGCUGGUCUUCCCAUUCUGGUUAGUGGGAACUCCGGAUUUGGAGAAACACUGCGUGGUCUUACUGAGGGCAAGUCAGUUGUGAUCGAUUCUGCUGACCCCAAGGAAUGGGCAAAGGCAAUUGGUGCUAUCCGUCAAAAACCUAGGAUACAACGGCCUCAGGAAAUCCGAAGAGUGCGAGAAGUUUAUGAAGAGAAGUUCAGUUGGAAACGACAGUGCCUGCUGCUUGUUGAAAAGAUGUGGAAGAUGGUUUAUGGUAAGUAAUCAAACUUAUCUUAAAUUAACUAAUAAAUUUUAAUUAAUAAUUAAACUGUGUAGUGUGCAAAUUCAUACUGUUAUGUUUGGACUGACUGGCCGGCACCAAAUGGCAACACACCAGCUCACUCGAAAUGUCAUCUCAAGGUACAUGGUGGUCGGCUGCUAGGCCAGUCACUUAUUUGACGUUCUACGGCGUUACCAUCGUUAUAUUACUCCUGUGUGGGUGUACUACUUGAGAGGUCUCCUGCUGUUACAUAAAAAAGAAACAAGAAAUAUCUCGAUUCACCUUAGGCAACCGAUAGCAAGACAAAGUCACCAUUGAGCUUGCGUUCCUCAUGGGUUAGGCAACUUACAGUUACACUUUCAUCAAGGCAUCAUCAAACUGAAGUGGUCUAAUAUACAAAUACUUAUUGUUCCGUGGAUUUUGCCUAUGAGAACAUUAAAAUAUAAAGAUUGCAUUAUACAUCUAUUCAUAACUCGGGAGAACUCAUUUGUUGCUAAAACAGGUUGUAUUAAAUCGACGUCAAGACUUUGUGUUGCCUCGUCUAUGUAGUGCCGUGAACAUUGGCAUGGUGUUAACUUAAGGUACGUUUCCUAUUGCACCACACAUUUGGUACAAUAGGUUCGUGUUAGUGAAAUUAAGUUCGGCUGUAAAAAUCCGUUGGUUAAACAAGUAAAAAGUGUCCGUUAUUAUCGAAUUAAAUUAAGAGACACUGUCCGGGCUUUUCCUAGGGACAAAGGAUACCGCCCAUAAUAAUGAGGUGUGUGUAAAGUGGGUUUCGACUGUAAUUCGUUACCUGUUUGAACAGUACAUGCGUUACUCCAAUGUCAAGUUUAUUUUUAUGGAAGAGUGACUUCAUUUUUACUGUCUAUUUUUGUAGAAGAGUGACAUCAUUUUUACCCUGAUUUUUACUUUACACCAAAGUAAUUGAAAGGAAAUGAUCCUUCCAUGAUAUUGUUGUUGGAUCGGAACGUGAUAAGGUGGCUUGAAACCUGAGUGACAGCCUCUGGUAUUUGUAAGCACCACACCUCUUCACAGCGAAUAUUUUUGUACUUUUUCUAUUUACAGGUGACUUGACAUUCCAUGCACUUCAGCAAAGCCAGUUAGACGCACGUAGAGAGACCAGCAAGUCUGAGCUGUCGCAGAACUUAAAGAGGACUGCUCAAGAGAAAGGCUUUGUGAUUUCUGACAAUCAAGGAGAGGGCAACUGCAUGUUUUUUGCUCUUUCAGAGCAGCUUGCUGUCGUAAAAGCAAUGAGGAUGUCUCAUGAAGAGAUACGGCAAACUGUGGUCCAUUACCUUAUGGACCACCCUACGCUGGUAAGUUAAAUCGUAGCACCAACUUAGCUUUCUUAACGGUAUUUCACAACUUACAUGAACACGAUGACAUUGUGAGCCGAUGUUGUCACUAUUUUAACUGCCCCCUGCCCCUUACAACAUUAAUAUGAGAUACUGUGAUCAAAUUGAAGUGUUUAAGUUUUGUCACAACAUCGUCAGCAACACUUCUUUUGUUCUGGAGAAGUAUACGCUUUUUGAACAACUCUCACAGCAAAUAUUGUACUCGUGCAUCCUGAGUGAGAAUUUUUUGUUUGUUUGAUCCGCAUAGCUAAUUGAGAGAAUUUUGUGGCUUUUAGAACGAUACUAAUGUGUAUGACGCAAGAGUAGCACAAAAACAAUUUGACCCCAGACAGGAUUCGAACACAAUAUUGAAUGAUUUCUUAUGCAUCCUGUUUUAUGAGAAUGGAAAAUGAAUCUUCUCUCAGCCUCACCAAUUUUCCACCAAUUUGGACAGUUAUUUGUAAAAAUAAGCAUUUGAAGGUUCCUGUUUAGAAUUGGUCUUGCUGUUCAUCUGAGUACAGCAGGAUUCCAUUCCAGAUUGGGCUUCCGUGCUCUAUGACCUCCAAUAGAGGUCAUACUCCGGUGAAUUAAGGAAUGGGUCCUCGUUACAUGCGGGGUUUUAUGAGUUGAUCUUGUUUUUUCCAGUAUCUUCCUUUAUUUUAAUCGUAGACCGCUGUGUUUAAGACCAGAACCACUUUGGACCUUAAACACUCCUUUUUUAGAUCACAUGACCAGCCACGCCCAUUAUUAUGCAAAAUUUGGACUUUGCAGAUUACACCAGUUUACUGAAAGUGACCACAAUAGUUUUUCCUUCCAUAAUAUUUCAUUUACAGUCAAAUAAACUAAAUUAAUCGGGGAUUUGUGAAAUGAUCCAUUCCUUCGUGAUUAUUAGAUCUUUUUCUCUCGUCCCAGUCUCCCUCUUAACAAAAAACGUUAUAGUUUACAAAACGUAGAUAAUUUAACAAAACCCCGAUUAAUUGCAUAAACUUUGUGUCAAUAGUCAUUGACAAAAAGUGAAUUAAAUUACAAGUGUUAUUUAUAAAGUGGUGUAAAUUUGGAUUGAAAUAAAAAGUCAAAAAUGGGUGUGACAAGUCACGUGACACAGAUAAUACAUUAGUAAUAAUGAAAAAUGAAUGCUGACGGGGAGUAGAUAUUGAAUUUAAAAUAUUAAUGCCAAAGGUAAAAUCCCCACUAAAACAGACCACCCCCCUACAAAUUUGCAGUGCCCCAUUCCUUAUGUAUUAUAUGUAUAAUUUGGUGAAGAACACAAAAUAUUCCUCCCGGAAACAAAAUAGAAAUAGACUCAGAGUCGACGUUUUACUGACAUCAUGUUCCCCGGGACGAAAUCGUGGAAAACAUCGAGACUCGAGGGAGAUCAAAACUAAGACCUCGUUUACACGGGUGGGGACGAAUUCUGCUACAGGUUGCAGUACUUUUUGCACGAGUCCAUAGAAAUUUUUGCACAGUUUCAGCAUUGGAAUGGCUUUUUUGAAUCUUCUCAGCAUUGCAAUGAACCAAUCAUGUUACACUGAGUCCAGAUUGCGAUAUUAGUGAACUUACGCAACAGGGCGGAAGAGGAAAGACGACGGCAAACUAUGUGUGACAAGCGUGACAAUAAUUUUGCUUUUGCUUUGCUUCCGCCAAACUUCACAUUCCUUUGAACAGAUCUUUUUGUGGAAGAGCAAGAAACAUUAAUGUUAAGCGAAUUCCCAACAAAACACGCAAGUAAUAGCCCCGUCACGUUUGUCACACUCAGGCGUUUUGUCGUCCUCUUCUUUCUGCCGUCCUGUUGCGUAAACUCGUAAUCGUAAUCUUAAAUCGUAAACUCGUUGUCGUAAUCUUCACUAAAUGUCAAUGUUUUUAGGUCUUUCACAAAAAGAUCUCUUUAAAGGAAGAUGAAGUUUGAGGCAAUUUUUUUUCAAACAAAAUUAUUGUCACGCAUGUCACUCAAGGUUUGCCGUCUUCCUUGCUCUCCCGUCCUGUUGCGUAAGUUCACUAAUACUAAAAUGGCUGCAGCAGUAAAAAAUUUAACUUUUACAGACGAAGAGUUGUUACUCCACGUCCUUGUGGGCUUUAAAACAGAAAAGGAAGGCGAAGGCUUUGAUUGGGAGACUGUAAAAGCAAAGUGGGAUGAGCUCAACAAAAAGUUUAUCGAGAAAUAUCACAAAAACUUUCAGGAAAAUUUUCGGCGAGGAGUCUGCAAACAACAGGAACAACAACAUUUCUGACUUAUAUUGAGCUCUUUCUGUAAUCAAAGGCGCAAAUCGGCAGAUCGACUUACGUCACUUACCAAAGGCGCAUAACUAGGUUCCAGGUUUUUACCCCGCAAACUGUGCAAAAACUUGCACGGUUAACAAGAGCCCGCGUAAAAGUGGAACCGUUCGGUCAUCAAUUUUGACUUUCUUCUGAUCAGGUCAAAAACUUGCACACGUUGCCGUUCAAAAACUUUCACGGUUCCUCGGUUCCCGUGUAAACAAAAGACGAUCCGUGUAAAGUUUUUUUUUUUUCAAAAGUUAGUCCAGCCCCGUCAGUAAACGGAGCCUAACCGUUGAGGCACCUGAAAAAAAAUGUGCUUUGUUUUAGUGACAAGAACAUAAGGAAACAAGCAACUACUUUGACACAUUUAUCCAGCGUGGUAAAUGAAUUGCAUGAUACUACUAUACAUGCGACUUUAGAGUGUGUGUUGUAAUUCUUUCCCCAAUAAACGUCACAUUUUUAAUGGCACUACAUAAAGAAGCAGAGAGUUAAUAACUACACUUUAUUUUUUGUCUUGCAGCCAGAUGGGACAGAGCUUUUCCAAUUUGUUGAUGGAUAUUCAUCUUGGGAAGCUUACCUUACAAGCAUGAUGACAAAUGGUACAUGGGGUGAUCACGUGAUACUCCAUGGUGCGGCAAACUGCUUUGAAACAUGCAUUCACGUAAUCAGCAGUCUGUCGCAUCAUAAUGACGUAAUGAUUUGCCCAGAGUAUGAUGAUACUGGUAACAACCAGCUUGUGCUGGGUCACGUGCAUGAGCUUCAUUAUGUUAGCCUUCGUCCGGUUUGA